GGCCUGCAAUAGAAGCUCAUCAAUCAAACCAGCUGUGGGAUUCACAUCGCUGGGAGUCUCUUAAAUGAUCAAUACUAUCACCUCCAUGAGAGCUCAAACAUCACAUGACCAAGGUUCAAGGGCUCUGGUGAGGUUGUCAUGGAAACCAUGUUUCCCCUCCUUCCACCCCCAGUGGUCUAGCUGGAGACUGCUGUGCACAUCCCUGGCUUUCCACACAUAAAGAAUUCAACACCACCACCUCCCCGGUCCAGAGUAUAGUAGGGAAACUCUGUUCAAUGGCAUCCUCCCUUUAAAGGUGUGUAGACAUUUGUUUUCUGAUGGAACAUUUGAGCAGGCAUUCUCACAAAACAGGCUCAACAUGGUUGAGGAAAACGACAAAAAAUAUAUUGUAGAAUAAUGACACGUUGAAGGUUUCGUCACCAGACUUGGUCAUCUGAGUGUCUGAGAAGACGCCUCUCCAAGCAGUUAAAAAAUUACGAUGUACCAUUUUAGAAAGGUGGGGCCCUCGGGUCCAUUAUUACUUCAGCCACAAUAUUAAAAUCUCCAUACAUUUUGUAAAAAAGUGCUUUCAAUGUCUGUUGUUGAAGGACUGCAGUUUAAAAACAAUGGAUGGUAGAAUGGCAAGGUUUAAAAAACACUCCAAAAAGGUUCAUUUGGGCUCUGAAAGGGUUUGACAUUUCUCAUAAGCAAAUAACAUGUUCAUGAUUGACUGUUUAACCACCCACCUUAGUUCAUUUCCAUCUGACCUUGUGGUAUAUGAGGUGACAGUGCAAGUCACAGAGUAUUUGUUUGCUUAUUUGGGGAGGGGUACAUGUUUUUGACAGGUCUUGGUUCACCUGCAGGAGGAGCUGUAGCUCAUCACAUCCUCCAAGGAGAGGAAGAGCGAGAUCCCUCCUUUCCUUCGGUGUCAUGAACAAAUCCACAGCGCUGGAGAGAGAGCAUAGCUGGAGAGAGAGGGGGAGGGAGAGAGCCAUGUAAAGACAGAUAGCAGUCAGUGUGACAGAUAAGAUCAGCGGAUGACUUGCCUCACUCUGAAUGCACUGUGACCAGGAGAGGAUGUAAGUGCACCAGUUUGCCAGCCAAGUCAGCUCUCCAGACACACACUCACACACAGACUUCACAGCCAGACACAGGCAGGGAGGGUGGGAGAAGACAACAGUCUUAUAACCAAGGUGGGGUUUGCAAAGGUUUCCCAGCGGAGUCUUCAACAGUGUAAUGGGUUGCCCAGGCUGGAGACAUUUACUCUGAUCCUGCAAAGAGGUUAGCGUAAUCCUACAACAAGAACUAGUUCUCGCACUCAGCCACCCUGGGCAUGGAGAAGCUGACGGAGAAAGACAAGGAGCUGAUCCGAGGCAGCUGGGAGAGUCUUGGCAAGAACAAAGUUCCACAUGGAGUCAUCAUGUUCUCCAGACUAUUUGAACUAGAUCCUGCACUCCUCAACCUCUUCCGCUACAAAUCAAACUGUGGCACCCCACAAGACUGCCUCUCCAGCCCUGAGUUCCUGGACCAUGUCACAAAGGUAAUGCUGGUGAUUGAUGCCGCAGUCAGUCACCUGGACGACCUCCAUACCUUGGAAGAGUUUCUGCUCAACCUGGGAAGGAAACACCAGGCCGUCGGUGUCCACACGCAGUCCUUCGCUGUGGUUGGGGAGUCCCUCCUCUACAUGUUGCAGUGUAGUUUGGCUCAGGGCUACACAGCGGCGCUGCGUCAGGCCUGGCUCAACAUGUACACCAUCGUAGAGGCGGCCAUGAGCAGAGGGUACACAAAGAACGGGGAACACAAGACAGACUGACUGAAUUCUCUGGUCUGCUGCUACCAGUCGCCGUCCAUUGACCUACAAGGUUGAUAAGGAGUAAGGUUGUGUAACUGACAGCAUGUGGCUUUCAAUUGCGGUGUAUUUCCUCGGUGAGUCUAGGGUCUCCCGGUAUGGUGAACAUGCUUGACGCAGCAACGGUCCAAUCGCCUCAUGUUCACAGAGUGAAAUGUUUGUUUUUUUGCUGCGGAUGUUGUAGCUGCCAGACAGCGACGCUGAAGCAUUGUCAGGAUGUGUCGGCCAGCUCUAAGGCUGCCGUUUGAAUUGCUCAAAUGAGAGAACGCGUCGAGUUGAAUUAAUAUAAUGACUGAAAUUGCUUUGUAAAUAAUGGCUUAAUAUGUCUACUCAAAUAAUUACAAUGAUUGUGGUGGUCUUUGUGGUGAUCUUAAAGAGUUGCACAAUUGUCAUACACUGAAUAUAUUACUGGGAGCCCUUACUGGGAUCAUAACUGUAGCUGGAAGGGGCAGCUAUGAUAUGGGCCUUUUUCCCCAAAUCAAACCAGAAACAGAAACCAUGAUCACAAAUGUAUGCACAACACUCACGUUCUGUGUCAUUAUCACAGUGAUGUGUCUAUAUAUUUCAGUUAGGUUAGGGACCUUAUAAUGACACAUACUAAAUCUCUCCUUUUAGUGUGUUCAUGACCUGGGUGCAGCAACCCUUAAAGGGAAACACGAUUCUUAAAGCCAUUGAUAUCACCAAGAAAACGAAUACGUUUGAUCGAUGUUCAGAAGAAAAUGACAAGAGCUGUUAAUCCAUUCUGAAGCUUUUCUAUGGGAUCACUAAGACUGUUAUGGCGUCCAUGUGCACCUUUGUCUGAAAGGUGUUUGUGGCACCUUCCACUCCUCUGACAGCCGAGGUUGGAAAGAUCAGAUUGCUAUAUGCAUAUUAUGAUAUUUCAAUAGGCUUCUACUGACUGUUAUGUACUCUAAAAUAGACUGUUAUUCUUCUCUCUUGAGUUCUAGCUCGUUGAUGUAAUGGAACUCAUUAGUAGAUUAUUUGCUUCUUUGGAGUUCUUUGGUCUUGACCUUUUUUCACUUUUCACUCAUUGUAAAUGUGAAGUGGCGUUGAACCACAUACAGCAUCUGUAUACUGUAAAUACUGCUGUCAUAUGUUAUGAACAGGCCACAUCUACUGGAGAAUGUUGGCUUUUUGGACCCAUUAGACAAUCACUGCCAUUGAAAAUGCCAGGGUUUAUUCUUUUUCUCUUUAUUUUGCUCAUACUACCGCAAAGAGCUUUAGGUGCUUGGAGUGUCUUUCUGUGGAAUAAAUAAUUUAUUGCUAAAAAUGUUUACUCCAAAAUACAUGAGCCUGCUGAAAUAGUCAGCGAUGUGCACAGUCUUUCUACUGGUAUGACCCAACCAAUUUGCCCGCAGUAAAUGUUUCUAAAUCGUGCUAUCUGCAUUGAGAGUCAAUGCCAAGUUAGCUAAAAUAUGCCAAGUAUGUGAUAAUAGCACUACACUACUGUCUAUACAAGCUGCUGAUAUGUCCUAAAUAUUGCUCCUGUCUGAGAUUACUUUUAUAAAGUUUAUUUUUGUAUUUUGUGUUUUACGUAUGUGUAGAAGUAUAUACCAUUGCAAACACCGUUUUUCCAAACCUGUUAUAGUACCUACAAUAUAUAUGUCAAGUACAUGUGUUUUCAGUUUACAUUUAUCGAGAUUUAAGGUACAUAAAAACACUCCAGCUGUAAGCAUAGAAAUCUUACUUAUGAAGGCUUUUUAUAUGCCCAAGAGCUUUGCACUUCAAAUGAAGAGAAUCUUUUUUGCUCAGUCAGUAUAACUGCCCUAUUAUCAAUGUGUCAAAGGGAUAUGCAUUAUAUAUAUAUAUAUAUAUAAGGGAUCUCACUCUCCUUUCAAUCCCCUGUGAGCUUUCUUUUCAGGCCAUUGCACCACUACUUCAGAUGUGUUUGGCUCCCCCACAUUCCAACUAGCAUAUGGGUUCACCUUACCAGUUAACCCUUUGACAGAACUAAAAAACAUUAAAAGUAGUUCAUCAAUACAAAGUGACAUCCAGUCUAAUAGGUUUAAUUUAGGAAAGCAGCCCCAUGCGUUUAGCACAUUUGAUAAUACUGCUACAUGUACAAUGCAGGUUGUUGUGGGAAAUGUCUCUAUUAUAAACCAUCUGGGAGUGUCUGUUCAGCAUGUAUGUGUGGACAGCAUUGGUACAUCGAAAUAAUGUACUAUUCAGUUAAUGAGUGUUUCACUGUCUACCUCAUCAACGCAGUUGUUAUUAAACAGCGAUGAUUUCACUUAUAACUAUAACCAAAAACACAACACUUAAUGCAGAUACCCUGUCAACCUAACAACUCACAAAAUGGACCCCAUCCUGUACUUAUGUGAUGUGUUGUGUGCUAACUCAAUUAAGACUAAAUAAAGGUGAUAUUCAGUGGAAAUACUACUG